AUGAAGCGCUCGGCGCCGGUAGCUGGAUUCCUCCAUGUGGAGGGCGGUGUGUGCAGGCUUGAGGUUACCAACUUGAGUAUGGCCAGUGGUUCAGCACAACCACCUACGUCGUUCUCUCAAUCUUCCGCGUCACCCACUGUGCCCAACAAUACCAUGGAAAUGCCAAGGCUCGCCGAUAUCAUUGCGAAGAUCACAGAUGGAACACUCGUUACCCACGAAACCAAGCAGAGCAUCACAUCGCGGCAGAUGGAGCCCUGUAGCCGAGCAUGCCCUUCAUCAGUGGUUGGCGACACCGAAAAAAGGCUCCAACAAGUGGCAAAGACCGCCCAGUCCAUGCUGGCCAUCACGGAUCAGUCAACACCAGCAAGCGCCGUCAUCGAUUCCCGCAACGCCAAUGAGGGGAUCCUUGCCAUCACAGAUGUGCGUACACGAACAAAUGCCAUCACCAAUUCCCGCGUCACCAAUGAGGAGCCAACAGACGUCAUCACCGAGUCCCGCGAUGCCAAUGAGGAGACCCAGAGCAACCAGACCAAUGACGAGAACCAGGGUGAGAGCAGCAGUGACGACAACUCCAGCUCAUCAAGCUCCAGCUCUGAGGUUUCCAACAUGUCGAAUGUAGACUUUUCUAACUGGACCACGGAGUGGCAUGAUGCCUGGCAGUCCGUAGUAUCCUUGUCAGCACAGGCAGAAGGGUCCAACAAGAAGCAACGCAUCGCGAAAUCGAUGAUGCAGUGCCUUCGCACUGCGAAACAGCAGUGGGAUUGUGUCGCACAAGCCCAGGGCACCUUCGUCAAGUUCCAUUCUGAGCACUUCCACACCACUGUGCAAGAGGGCAAGUACACCGUCGCCGACUUGCCGCUCAUUGAGGUUCACGGAAAGGGCAAAAAGUUCAAGGAGUUCUUCCGCCUCAUUCAUGACGUCAGUACUGAAGAUCAAGCCCAAAUCCGGGAGAUCAUGGCCAAGGAUCCCAACAAUACUGCACUACUGCCUGAUAGUGUGCGUCCUGGCGACGUUCUUGGUGAGGCGUGCACGUUGCAACUCGUCAUCGACACUCGCAGUAACGCUGUGCUCCAAUUCUUCCACUCAAGCAUCUCUCUGCCGUGGGGUGUGGUCCGCCUGUUCUGCAGGGACAAGCCUAUGUUGCUGAACUACAAGAUAGCCACCAACUCGGACCUGGUGAAAUGCGCAUGCCUCGUCAUGUUGAAAGGCAUAGAAGGCGACCGCUGGAUGAAACAGUCCCUUGGCACAAAGCUUGUACGUAGCAAGAGCACAUCAGAGAAGGACGCCUCAUCUUGGGAUCCAUCGCCAGAGGAGCUUCGGGAGGGCAUCGACUUCAUCAACAUGAACGCCCCCCUGGCUAAUGGAAAAAACGAACAAUUUCUUUGGUCCUUGUUGAACGUCCGGGAUAAUGAAUCCCCCAUCUAUGCCUGGCCAAUGCAUGUGGUGAGCAAAGCCUGUCAGAAUCGGACGACCGGAGAUUCGCAGGCUGAGCCAGAGUUCUUCUUCCCCCUUCUGGUGGAAGAUCUCAACUACGAGUUUGUCAACAAGAUCCUACCGCUCAUCUUGCCAACUAUGACCACCCACGGGCUCAUACUCUUGGGUCGUGCCGGCAUUGGCAAAAACUCCUCUGGGUGGAGGCGAUCGAAACAGAUCGAUGGUUUUCGAGAGCGACCUGGUGAAAUCACUGUGCCGGUACUCCUUGAUGACCCGAUUCUGUCCUCCAUGAGUCUUGAGGACAUCAAAUCCUUCCUCGACGUAGGUGAGACCACGUUGGUGGAUGCUCGCUACAGAGCGGCCAAAUUCGCCAGGAACCAGACACGGAUCCUUCUCAACAAUGAGUGGAAGCCAGAAAACGAGCCGGACUUGCCUUUCGCCGAUCACAUUUCUUGGGGUCAGUUCUUGAACAUGUUCCACACAUCCAUGAACGACGCUGGCAUGCCACAUCUCAUGGCCAUUCUGAAGAGAGCCACUGUAGUCAUUGCAGGCGGCGGCGUCACAGAAGACUGGCUCCGUGCAGACAACAAGUCCUUCUACAGUCACUACAAGGACGGACGUUUCGUGAAGUACCCAAAGUACGAAGAGAACUUAGCCAAGGAGGCCGACAUGAUGGUAGAGAUUUUGGCGUCUCCGGAAGAGAAAGAAUACCUCAAACGUGGGGCUACUUACGAUGCUUGGCAUCAAGACUUCGGGAAUGAGACCACUGAUGCGUCGAGGGCUUCGGCUUCCACCCCUCCACCCCGCGCAGGAGCUGAGGUUUCGCAGUCCAGCCCGCUGAUCCGAUCUCCCCCAUCCAAGAUGCUCCGAAUGGAGUCAGGCCGCGAGGCAGAGGAGUAUGAUGCGGACGAAGAGGCGACUCGCCAUCUUCACGGCGCCCUAGCGAAAGCGCAUGAGAUAGAGGCAACACUGUACUCUAUGACCGGCUAUGAGACUGUCCUCGUCCGCACCUUCAGAUGCACCACAUACUCGUGUCGCCGGACAUUUGGUCCGAACUUCGCUUGGGACGCGAGCAGCAAAAUCAAUACUGCCAGUCCACUUGACCUGAAGAACAUGGAGGCACUCUUCGUGAACAGCAAAGUGGGAUUCAGCCUCUCGUUUCUGGAGUAUCAUGCCCUCAUGGAGUUCCGUGCCUGUCUAUCUGCCCGCGCCGUAGAGUACGUCUACCAGCACACUUUUGGCCUCAACACCGCAGGGAACAUGAGUAACCGUUGGCGUCUCUCCUACUCGUCUGCCAUCAUGUGCUACGUUGCCAUCCAUGAACUGGCCCCUCUACAUCUUCACAUGAAGAUCGUCCUCGGCAAUGAGAUCUCCUCGGAUAUCUUGGCCAAGUACGAGCAACACGUCCUCGGCCACGUCCUUCCCGCCAAAAACAGGACCAAGGUGUCAGAAGUCGUAUGUGAUGGCCACGCGAAGGUGCACGUGAAGUGUGCCAGCGCCCGCAAUCACGCGGGAAAGCCUCGAGCAGACGGCAAGAAAAAGCCAUACGGUCAUGGCUGGUUCAUGGUUGUGAACCCAGCAGACAAGCGCAUUCUGUGGGCUAAACCCAUGCUUGUGCCCGAGGGUAACGACAUCCUGGAGGACGCUAUCACCUCUAUCCUUCCCUCCUACAAGAACAUGAACUGCGUCAUCGUCGAUCGCGCUUGUAGUUUCUACCCGUCCGCACUCAAGCAAAAGCGACUGAAGCAAAUCAAGUUUUGGGUGGUCGAUAAAUUCCACUCGCACGGGCACACGAAGUCGAACUCGAACGGCGCCAAGAAGUUUUACAUCAAUCUCGAGGACGAGGUCUCCUUCGUCAUGUCCAAGGACCUUACGGGCAAACCAUGUGCUGCUUCUGUGGUGAAGGAACGCAAGGGGGCCUGGAGAACAAACCGUGGUCGACGCCUUCCUGGUGCAAAGGACGCCAAAAAGGAAACCAUCAAAGAUCAGGUCAAGCGCUUGACAGCCAUGGACACUGAUCAGGUCCUGCAGAACGCAACGCUCUUCAGGGAAAUUCUUGAUAGUCCCGACUUCGAGUUUUCACAUCUAUACAAAGUCAUCACGAUGCUGGCAUCCAAGGAUUUGCUGGAAGACACUCGGUCGGAUCGAAUUUAUCGGCUUUUCCUGGAGUCGAAUGCGAUGCAGGCAUGCUUGCGAACAACCAUCAUCAAGCAAGGAGCAGGCAGACAUCAUGGAAACUUUCUGGAGGACUUGCAAGCCUGCAGCAGAUGUGGAUGUGCGUGUAUAUACGUGCAACCCGAUGGAUGGCGAGUAGAUAUUUCCAGAUAG